GUGAGCUUAGCGCGUAGUUUGCACCCGCCAGCCGAGCCAGUAACCACCAACGAGAUGUACCAGCUGGAGAAGAUUUGGGUCCUGCUGUGCCUGGCCCUUGUCGGCGUCCUUGGCUUUGGCCAGUUUCACAUGAAGCACUACCAGCUGCAGCGUAACUACAAUACGCAGGAGGAUUCUGGCGAGAACGACAACAGCGUGCUGCGAACCUUCCGGCGCUGCAUGUGGGAGCAGUCCAAGUUCCUGCCCCGCCGCCUUGUCCUGCUCAGCCUGUGCUCGAAUCUGUUCUGCGAGAACAAUCACAUUAUGCCCCGUUCCAGGUCUAUUUUCGUAGUGGAAAAAAUGUCUAGGCCGAAUGACUGCCUGGACAUCCUGCCCGAGCAGUGCGAGCAGGGCGAUGAGGAGGAGCUGAUGUACAAGCCCUUCCCCGACUGCUGUCCGGUUUAUUGCAACCUGAAGCGGCGGAUGCAGCGCCUGCGCACCAUGCACUUCCGUCAUCGCCUGCUGCGCGACGGCUCCACGGGAUCCACGGGCUCCGGAUCCAGCACUGCCGGCGGCGAUGGGCCCAACAAUUCGCUGCUCAGUGAGUUUGUCUACAACAACUACUAGGAGAUGGAGUCAAGGACAUGCCGGUGAAUUAAAUUAUUCUGCGAUUUGUGAACUUGACAACUUGGCAUUCCGACAAGGGGGAUUCCCCAGCAUUAUAGGCGUCGUCAUCGUCACACUGAGCGAGAAAAUGCCACCCUGGAGACCCCAUGACCACGAAUUUGUAUUAUAACUAUCACUGGGAUAUAAUCAGCAAUGAACCAGGCUUACACUUGAUAUAAACAUCCUAAAUAUAAGACUAAAUAUAAUAUAAAUCAGCUAUAAUUAACUUGUAUUUCUCAUUGUAAGUGUGUUUGUUGUUUUUGUUCACAUAAAUGAGGUGCGGCUUGAGAUUGUUGAUCUGGAAAUAUAUAGUUUUUUAACAAGAAAA